ACAUCUAAAAUGUGCAAAUCUUCCUUAAAUACAGCAGUAUUACAGUGUCUGCUUCAACUGUGAAACAAUGGAAAACAAGCCUUAGCUUAAAAGGUCAAAAAAUCAGUAUAAACCAGCCUGGCAGUAACUGAAACUGAAACACAGCAUAUGAGACACUGAAGAAUGAGCAGAAAUAAACCCCCCCCCACACACACACUUUACCAUAAAGUAGGGAGCAGUGCUUCCUUCUAGUUUCCAGUUUUGACACAGUAUUGUAUUUAGUAAAUGAUAAAUGCUCAGCACACACAGAUUUAACUGCAGUGGUUCAACAAAGCAUGUUACAGUUUGUUUCUCAUUCAGCUUCACACACACUCAAACAACAAUCAUACAAUCAUGUUUGUGGGUAAAUGUAAAAACUCUGCAGACAUUAUUACAGUAUUGCAUUAUGAGCAGGAACUGCGUGUUGGCUUUAAUGGAAGCAGGCAGACAGAGGUAACAUCAGCUGAAUCAUUUUACAUAGAAAAGUGUUAAAAGUCUUUGUUGAACACAGAAGAGAAGCUUCUUUAAUAAUAAUCAUAAUUAUGCCAGUCAAACUCAAACAUUGUUAGAGUUGAGCCUGUUCUCCUGCCUGUGAUUGGUUGAAGUUGAACACGCCUCAAAUACUCCGACUGUAAACUAACCAGGAAACAUCUUUGGACUGAACAAACCUGUAAAACCAUCUGAGUUUCUCACACUUCUUCAGUUCAGCUCAAACUCUCUGAGCACGAUGAAGACGCUGAUGAUGCUGAUCGUCCUCUGUCACACUGCAUCUGCAGUAAGCCACUCCUUGACGUUUUUCUGCACUGAAAGCCCCGGAGCCCAGGGCAUCCCUGAGUUUGUGUCUGUUGGACUUGUUGAUGAAGUUCAGAUAGUUGACUGCAAUAACAUCAGAGGGCUGGAAGUUCAUAAAGACUGGAAUAAAUUCUUUAAGGAUGAUCCUCAGCAUGUGGAGUGGUAUGCUUCACAGUGUCUAAAUAAUCAUCACUUCUUCAAGGCUAACAUUGAGAGUUUGAGGCAACGUUUGAACCAAACUGAAGGUGUUCAUAUCAUGCAGAGGAUGUGUGGCUGUGAAUGGGAUGAUGAGACUGGAGAGCUUAAUGGGUUCAAUCAGUUUGGCUAUGAUGCAGAAGAUUUUAUAGCAUUGGACCUGCAGACACUGACAUGGAUCGCUCCAAAACCUCAGGCUCUCAUCACCAAACUAAGAUGGGACACUGAAAAAGCUCGAUUAGAAGCAAAUAAAUACAUUUUAGGUCAUGAAUGCCCUAAGUAUUUAAAGAAGUAUGUGCAAUAUGGGAAGAACCUUUUAGAGUCAGCAGUUCUUCCCUCAGUGUCUCUCCUCCAGAAGUCUCCCUCCUCUCCAAUCAGCUGCCACGCUACAGGUUUCUACCCUCACAGAGCCAUGAUGUUCUGGAGGAAAGAUGGAGAGGAGAUCCAUGAAGGUGUGGAUCAUAGAGAGAUCCUCCCCAACAAUGAUGGGACCUUCCAGAUGAGUGUUGAUCUGAAACUCUCAUCAGUCACACUUGCAGACUGGGAGAGGUACGACUGUGUGUUUCACCUCUCUGAUGUCAGCAGUGACAUCAUCACCAAACUGGACAAAGCUGUGAUCAGGACCAACAUGGAGAAGCCCACUGACAUGGUGAUCUCCAUCAGUGCUGCAGUGGUUGUUCUAGCUCUCAUCCUCAUUGCAGCUGCAGCAUUUGUGGCUCACAAGAAGAAGAAAGCUGAAUGUUCUCCAUCCUGUGCUGAUAAUGACUCUGAGCAGUCUGAGAGACUAAACACACAAAGCUGACUGUCCUGCAGCAGCUCUGCUCUCCACGCUCUGCAUCACUUUGUCUCCUGACUCUGUUUCAUUGAGUCAUCAUUGUGCAUCACAAGUCCUCUACAAAGCAACAGCAUUAAAGUUAAUGUUGGUUAUGCAUCUAACUGUGUGGUGAUAGUGUGGUAAUGAAGUGUGUUGUGUCACUGAGAGACUGGCCGUGAACAAGUCAUGUGUCAUUCAGCAGAUGACAGUGAAACAUUGAAGCAUGCAGCAACAGAAUCUCUGUAAAGUAGGAGAUAUCUGCACCUUCUUAGAGACCAGUGCAGUUUGACAGUGUUGUAGAUUCUCAGCCUUUCAGUUCAGUGUCUAAUAUUGAAUAUAACUCUGAAAUAUGAGUAACUGCUGCAAACAAGGAGAUCAGAAGACAAACUUUCUCUAAUUGUUUGACAGACCAAGUGCUGAUUUAUGUGAUGAUGAUGAUGAUGUGAUAAUGAUGAUGAUGGUGAUGAUGAUGGUGAGCAGAAUGUGUGUUCAGUGUGUGAGAACAGUCACUUUCAGAGCCUGCUGUUCUGCAGCCCAUUUGUGGUGCAGUUACAGCACAGAGACACACACUCGUUAAAAAGUGAAAGCCAUGAUUGUGAUAUUGUGAUGUUCCCACCUUUCAUACACAGUUGAGGAUUUUUAUACACAAAUUUAUACUUUGAUUAAGUGAAUCUUCAAAUGUUGAUCACAUCAUUACAGCCUUCACUGAGCCUGGAAUGACUUUAUGUGUUAUCAUCAGUGUGAACCUGUGAACUGUAGUUUGUCAUUGUGUUGUUUUUAAUGCUUUACACUGUAAUGUGUGUGUCUGAAAUAAAGCUUAAGCUUUGAUAUUGUGUGUUUCUAAAACAUCAUUCCUCACAGUCUAUUUUCAUUUAGUUACUUAUGUAUUUAUUUAUGCAGUGCAGAUUCUUUGCUAAUUUUCCACAAAAAGUAUUUGUUAAUUCAGUUUACUUGAUAUGUUUCUAUAACUCCAGUUGAACUACAGCAGAACCUUUCAUCUGUUAUUGUCUUCUGUACCCCUACAUUUGUUUUUCUGGGACAACUCCUUUAUAAGGAGCAGCUGCAGCC